AUGAUGCGAAAGGUACUGACAUCCCGAGCAAGUCUAUGGAGACUCCACAACAGCCGCUUCUUGUCUCUGAGCAAGCAGAGCCGUGUGAAACUCAUUAGGUCGGAUGACGCGUACUCGCAGAUUACCACUGAGGGAACGGGGCAAAAGACGAUCGUGUACUUUAUGGCUAAAUGGUGUCCACCUUGUAAGAUGAUUAGUCCGAUUUAUGACGAAUUGAGUACCAAGCACGAAGAUAUUGAGUUUGCCAAAUUGGACGUUGAUGAAUUGAAUGACACCGCUUCCAAGGCUGGAGUGCGUUCGAUGCCGACGUUCUUUUACUUCAAGAAUGGCAAAUUCCAGCAGUCGCUGUCGUUUUCUGGCGCAGAUGAAGAAAUUUUGCGCAAGAACGCAAAGCAGCUAAGUGAUCUAUAA